AUGUCUGCACUGCGUGAGGGUGGCCGUCUGGCAAGGGCCAUCGGCCAAGUGCGGCUGCCGCUCCGCCCACUACACCCCUGCGGCAGACGGUCUGUGUCUACAGGAGUGGACGAGGCCGAGGCUCCAAAGUUGGGUCAUCUGGCCGACCUGGAAUCAACCACGACAUUCACGUCUUCUGAGCCCGACCAGGAGGCGAUUGACGCCUUCGAUUCCGCAACCAAGUCGAGCGCAAGGGAGAGAAGGCUGCCCGGUAGUCGAUAUCAGUACCAUCCCCCAAAGUACUACCGCGGCCCUCUGCAUCCCGUCCAGGCACCCCCAUCAUCAGAUCCGACCGCUCGCGACUUUGUACCGGGCCCUUUCAGCUUCCCCCGGUUAAAGCACACCUACGACAGCACCAUCGCGCCGGAUCUAUUAACGUUGACCUACCAACACACUCCUCCAGGGACGGUGCCGCCCAGUUCGGAAAAGGGUGUUUUGAGACAAUGGGACGGCUCGUCCCCGUAUCACAAGAACAGACCUAGGCGUGGACCUCGAGGCGGCGGCUCAUCAAGACUCGGCAUACUCGAGCGCGACAUUGAGUGGAACAAUAUUCCAGAGAUCGAGGCCGUCACCGUAAACUCGUAUGCUCCCAUGUCCUCUCAGAACAAGGAGUACCUUCAUGUUGCUCGUGCCGUUGUCCAAGCCAUCACUGGCGCCUUUCCCUCAGUCACCACCGUGAAACACCACGUUAUUCAUUGGGGUGUUCACAAGGGCGACAAAGCCGGCGCCAAGGUGACAUUGCGUGGUGGUGCGGCAUACGACUUUGUCGACAAGCUGGUCACGUUGGUUCUGCCCAAGAUCAAGGAUUGGCCUGGCAUCAAGGCUUCGACUGGCGAUGAUUCCGGCAAUCUGGCCUUUGGCAUGAAGCCCGAGUGGAUGGCGUACUUUCCGGAGAUUGAGUUUAACUACGACAUGUACCCUUCCAAGCUGAUGCCUGGCUGCGACAUUUUCAUCCACACCACCGGCACGUCCGACCGGCAGGGUCGCUUGCUGAUGGAGGCUCUUGGGUUCCCGUUUUAUGGCAAGGCAACCCGCUGA